GUUUAUGAUAACGUAGUGGAAACUGUUUUUGUAUUAACUUACUUUAUAAAUGUUGAAUAAUGGAGAUUUAUAGCUAUCUCUUGUGUUAUUUGUUCAUUUCUUUAGUUGCUAUUGUUUCAGGUCAGAACCAAGUUUGUCCUAAGGAUCUAAUGUUUAAUGAGAAAAUAUCCAAAUGUGAAGAAUGUGCAAAAUGUUAUGAGGAUUACAAAAACAAAGUGGAUGAUUUACAAAAUAAAGCACGCUCUAUAGUGGAUACAAUUAUUGAUCGUUAUGGAUCUGUAGAUGAAACAGCACACAAUUUAUAUAAUAAUUUACUGUCCGCCAAAACUAUAAAAAAAUAUUUCACCUCAAACAUCAAUGAAGCUAUAAACAAAAUAAAUCAAUUAGAGAAAUAUAAAAACACUUUAAAAGAUCCUAAAAUAAAUGAUUUGGUUCAAUUUUUAGUGAUUAGCAAUUCAACUAUGAUACUCCGCAAUUAUCUAGAGGAGUUGUUUAAUAAAACAUCCCAUUUUUCAUUAAAUGCGCCGAAUCCAUUUGAUAUAUUAAGUUUGCCUAUUAACACGGAAGUUGAGCUCAAAUAUUUGCAAAUCAAGAACCCGGAAAAGUGUCAUUUAGUUACAGAUCCAAAAUCAUUAUUAAUAGAAAUUGCAAAUUUACCAAAAUGUGAAAUCGAUUUUUCAAAAUUAUUAUCAGAAAAUAUUCUAUAUGUGAGAACAGCGGUGCUAGAGGAAUACAGAUUCAGACUAGAGUUAAAUAGUAUGAAAGAAAUAGUGCGAUUAGAUAGAGAAAUUAAAAACUUAAUCCUUUUUUUAAAUAGAGUUGAAGAAAAGUAUAAAGAGUUGGAAAAAAUUAAAAACAGAGAAAUUGAGAUUAUUGAUAAAUAUAAAGAAAAAAUUAAAACUAUGAAUGACUUAAUGUCAAUAUUAGAAAAACUUAAAAAUUUAGAUAUUUCUUUUAAUAUAGAUUUUUUGACUAAUCAAAUAGACAAAAUUAAGAGUAGUAUUAAUUCUGCAUUGGCAAUAUGUGAAUUAUAAAUAAAUAAUAACCAAUAAGUAAUUAUUGUUAAUAUAUUAUUUUAAAUUAAGAUUCAUGUAUGAUACGUUACAUUAUAUUGUAUUUAAAAUAGCAAUGCAUAAAUAAUAUAGUGUAAUAAUAAAAUUAAAG